CCCUCGCCGCUUGUGGGGCUCCGCCGCGGGGCCCUGGAGCGGGCCGUGGCUCCGCUGGUAGCGGGGCUGCGUCCUUCCCAAGCGGCGGUGCUGGCACCGGGGCUGCGGGAAGGCAGCGGAGGGGCGGCUCUCCCUGCCGCCCCCGCACCGGGGCACCGGCGGGUGAGGGGAGCUCCUGCCGCCGCCUUCCGCUUCCCUCCCCGCCAGCGGCUUUUCCCCCGGGGCUUCGUGGAGUUUGUUUGGGGAAAGCUCGGAGCAAGGCACGGCCGGGUAAGAGGCUAAAAAUGGCACUUGGACACUAUGAAACCAAUGAGGUUCUGAGAGCUACUGCUGAGCAGGAGCAUUCCCAUGUUGGUGAUGGAGCAUCAGGAUCCAGGAUGAUGGACCAAAGCUUGUCAGCUCUAGUCACAGAGUAUGGGAAACGUGUGGCUGAAAUGAAAGAGCAGCUGCAGCUUUAUCAGGCACAAAUGGGUGAGAUGACGCUAAAAUUGGAAGAAGUCACCAAGGAAAAUGAAAGGCUGCAUGCAGAGUUGAAAGAGCCUCUUGAGAAGCAACUGGAGGCUCUUCCUUUUGUGCAUCUGGAAACUGAUAUUCCUGCAGAUGAAGGCACAGUGAGAGCCCUUCAAGAGCAACUACAGCUGGAAAAGCAAGAAAAAGACCAAGCAGUUGAGCGCUGGCAGAUGUUGUCACUGGAGCACGAUCGACUUCAGCAGCAGUACCAGGAGUGCCUGACUAAAACACAGAUUCUCAUGAAUGAGAGGAAAAAGCAGAAUGAUCAACUGACUAGCUUUCAUCAGCUGACUCGCCAGCUGCACAUGGCCAAGGAGAAAAUAGAAUUGACCAAUCAGCAGUUUCUGAAAACUGUGACAGAACAAGAUGUGGAUCUAGAGAAGCUACGAAAGCAACUGAGGCAAGCCAAAAGAGAUGCACAAGUAGCAAAUGCUAAGCUUGAAGAAAUAAUGGCAUUGAAAGAAAAGCUUCACAGCCAAUUGGAGAGAAAGGAAGAAGACAGGAUAUCUGCCCAGGAGAGAGAAACAGCAUCUGACAAACGCUUGCAGCAAAUGCAGUCUAGUAUAAAACAGUUGGAAAUAAGAUUGUGUGUGACUGUUAAAGAUGCUGAACAACUGAGAACUGAAAAAGUAGCCCUGGAGGAACAGAUUAGAGAGCUUCAGGCCAAGUCUGCCAGUCUAGAAAGUGAGACAUAUGAUGCUGUUGCAAAAGUCCAAGAUUGCAUACAGCUCUUAGAAGAAGCUAACCUAGAAAAAAGUCAGGCACUCUUUGGGGAGAAACAAAAGGAAGAAGAGAUCAAAAAACUGCAGGAUGAAAUGUCUCAACUUGCAGAAAAUACUGCUGCAAGAAUUAGGAAGGAAGUAGACACUGCAAAGAAGCAAUGUAACAUGCAGGUUUCUCGGCUAACAGAGGAAGUUUCAGCUCUUCAGAUGGAAUGUGGAGAAAAACAGAGUCAAAUUGAACGAAUCAUUAGAGAAAAGAGAGCAGUGGAAGAAGAACUUGAAAAGAUUUACAGGGAACAAAGAGAGCAUGAACCUGACAGUAGAAAGCUCGAGCAACUGCAUCAGAAGUAUUUACUUGCAGAAGCUGCCAAAGAUGACCUUCAGCGGAGUCUACAGAUGACACAAAAUAAACUGAAACAACUGGAAAUGAACUCUGAGGAAGAGAAAUCUCGUUACCAGGAAGUUAUCUGUAAAUUGCAAAGCACUCUGGAUUCAGAAAGAGAAAAGAGUGCCUUUGUCAGUGAACAAAGACUAAAACUUCAGCAAGAGAACGAACAAUUGCAAAAUGAAAUGGAUGGUUUGAGAAAACUGGCAGUAGAGGCUCAACAAAAAGCUAAAAUAAAGAUAAGUACAAUGGAGCAUGAGCAUGCAGUGAAAGAGCAUGGCUAUGAAGCUCGACUCAAGGAGAUGGAGGACACCAGUCACAAAUCCACUGCUGAGCUCAGACGUCUCUUAGUAGCUCAGCAAAAAGCAACAAACCGGUGGAAAGAAGAAACAAAAAAACUCACUGAAACUGCAGAAGCCAGGAUCAGCAAGCUGAAAAGUGAGCUGCAUCAACAAAAACUCCGUAGCCAGGAGCUCAUUUCCCAGCUGGAAAUAGCAAAUGAGAAGGUAACUGAGGAUGAGACGCUGAUGAUGGAAUAUCGGGAAUACAUUGACAGGCUUCAGAGGCGGCUGAGCCAGGCAGAACAGAGAGCAGCCACAGCAUCCCAACAGGUACCCACCUCACAGAAAGUGUUAUCCAAGCACAUGGAAUAUGCAGAAGUACUCACUUUACAUCAUUCCUGAGGCAGAGCUCAGCCUGGUAUCUACACAGAAUAAAAAAGCUGUUUCCCUGAAGGAUCUGGAAAAUAUUUAAACAUGUGUUUUUAUCAUUCACCACGUUGGGAGUUAGGAGGGUUGCUGGAGAAACUUCAUAUUGGAGCACUACAGUCAAAAGAACAGAAAAGCUUGUAAAACUUAAAACAAAUUCUGGUUUAUUCCAGUAAGAAAUGUAGGAGAUGAAGAUCCUGUCUCUGUAUGCACAAUAAAGAUUGGAAGAAGACUGCAAAAUAUUGUCAUUCAAGUCCUUUAAUGUAGCAAAUGAAAAAAUCUCACACAGUGCUGAGGGCACAUUCAGGGUUUUUAGGUUUAAAAUCCUCCAGCUCCAACUGUGACAAGAUUGUGUACAGGGAAGGGAGUAGGCAGCACUCAAACUGAAAUUCAUCUCUGCUUUGCUCACAUGCAGUCAGUAUCUUUAAUUUUGCUUUAUGGUGCAGGUAACUUGGGAACAAUUUGAAGAUCCUUUAUGAAUUGUAAUUAAACUCAUUAUAUCAUGAACGUCA